GACUAGACAGAAGCUGUUAAAGAUGAAGCUACACAGUGAAUGAAAGUAGGUUUACACCUUGUGGACACUAUGAGAUAAGGAGGAGUGUGAGCUGCAACCAGGAAGCAGAGCAGACAAACAGACCUCAUCAUGUGACAAUAAAGUGAAAGUACUUCAACCCCGAAGCUCAUCGUCUCUGAGGUCAGUCGACUCAAACGCAACACGACGCUACAAUCUACCAAUCCAGCUACUCUUUAACUGACCUCUGCCUUCGUUGGACUGGUUGUUGCUGUUUCAGGAGCUGUUAUCAUCAUGGGGAACUGCUAUUGUUGUGGUCCCUCCAAUGGUGGUGAUGAGGAGCAAAGUUAUGGUCCAAUACGACGCAACAGCAAUCCGGAGAACAGGAUUCUAUCACAUGCAACACCAAAGACAGAUGACAUGAAACAGAUGGUUACGCUGCUGGAAACACUGAAGGCAGAGAUGAAAACACUGAAGACAGAGAUGGAAAACCAGAUGGUUGAUGUCAAACGGCAACUUGAGGAGGUCGAUGAGGAAAAGAAGGAAAACAAGAAGAAGCUCCAGGAAGUGGAGAAAGAAUUAAAAGAGAGAGAAGAAAAGUAUGAGAAACCAGAGAAACUGUUAAAAGAAAAAGAAGAACGAAUACAAACUGAAUGGAGGUUGGAUGAGAAAAAGAGAAUUCUUGAGAAACAGCAGUCUAAUCUCAUGAAGCUGAUGGACUUGUAGAAACUCUAGUGACCAGUGCAUUUCCUCCUGAGAACUAAAUGAAAAACCAUGAUUACAGGAAGUAAUAAUGUGAUUCUUUAUGUACACCAGGUUUUUUGUGUUUCCACAGCCGACAUGAUCCAAAUUUUGUGUUUGUUCUGUCAAAACUAAGUUUUUAAACAAUCAAGCAGCAGUAAAGCAAUAAAAACAUGAAAUAAUACAACAAAAUCUUCCAAAAGUAAACUUAUUCAACUACAGUCACAUUGUGAUUUAAAUAUGAUUUGAAGUCAGCUUACUGUUGAAUAAAGCUGCUGCUAGUUUGUCCUGAAGAAGUUUGUUCUGUAUUAGAUCCUUAAUGAUUUCAUAUCUGGAUGAACCUUGAUGUGACUUGUUGUUUUGUUUUUUUAUUUCUGACCUACUAGUUAAAUAUUAUCACAAGAUAAAGACUUAUCUGUUGCUAUAAGGAUGUUGAAUUGACUUUCUUUCCUGCUCAGACUGUGCACAGGUAAAUUUUUGAACACUUUGGUCUCUGAUUUUUCUUUACUUGUCAACAUUUUCUGGCUUUACUUUUACAAUUUGCAUUAGCUUUGAAUGUGAUCUGAUAUAAUACCCAUUUUAAGAAAUAAAACAGAAUUUUGAACAGCUUU